AUGCAGUCUCAGUGCACAAAUUGUGGAUCAACUGAGAUGCAAACAGAUAGCACUCGUGGAAUAAUAUGCUGUGAGGAGUGUGGAAUGAUACAGGAAGAGAACAUGAUUGUGAAUACGAUACAGUUUGAGAAGGUGCAGAACAAGUCAGCUCUACAUGGGCAGAUUGUGAACGUGGAGAACAAGAACGUGGGAACCAAGUACGUAGACAGCUGCUACUACAUAAAGAACACGAUCAAGAACAUCUGUGCGAAGCUGUCUCUCAACCUGAAACACGCUGACAUUGCGUUUCGGUGGUACAAGCUCUGUUUAGCCAACAACCUGACAAAGGGAAAGAGCAUCCUUUAUACGCUUAGUGCGUGCAUAUACAUCAGUUGUAGACAGGAGAAUACGCCUCACAUGCUGAUUGACUUCAGUAAUGUGCUCAGAAUAGACAUGUACCAAAUUGGUAAAAUAUACCUGAAAAUAAGGAACACUUUUGAUUUGGAGACGUAUAAGAUCCAGAACAGUAUGACAGACAUGUCGAUGUAUUUGCACAGGUUUGCAAGCCAGCUCAAGUUCAGAAACACCAAGGAGAUCAUUCUGCUUAGCACCAGGAUUCUGAGCAGAAUGAGGAAGGACUGGAUUAUGGAAGGAAGGAAGCCAAAUAACGCAUGUGGAGCAGCCAUUCUCCUUGCUAGUCGCAUUCUGAAUGAGCCAAAGGACGUGAAUGAGGUGGCACGGGUUGUCCAUGCUGCUCCUAGUACCAUUUCAAAGAGACUGGCUGAGAUAGCAGCAACUGAAACGGCAGCGAUGGACGUGAAUGAGUUCAACAGGGAGUGGCUUGUGAGUGAGUCACAGCCACCUGUGCUAAAUGCGAGAGAAGGAGGGAAGGAGACUGGUGAAACUAGGCGUAUUCUGGUAAACAAGGUGAAGAGAGAAGAAGAGAUAGCCGAGAACUCAAGUGAGGUUGUGAAUGAGAUGAUACUGGAAGAGAGUGAGGUAGAGAACAAGACGAAGAUGUGGGAGGAGAUGUAUGGGGAAUACGUGAAGGAGUCAGAAAAGAAGAAGAGGAAUAAGAAGGGUAUGGUAAAGAGAAGCAAGAAGAAGCAUAACUUUGAGACAGUUGAAGAGGCAUUUAAGUCUCUUGAUAAGAAGGUAUCAAGCAAGUUGAAUUAUAGUGCAAUUAACGAGUUGUUUGAGAACUAA